GGGGAACAGUUUGAAAGACGCUCGAUUGCCAUGGAAUCCUAAUGCAGCAAAGAUAAACGAGCUAAGUUUCACUUAACGCUGGAUUUAGUCCUUUAAAAUAUGUUAUUAAGCUGAACGUCAAAUAGUUGUUUGGUCGCUAUAUUCCGUGUUGACCGUGAAGAAUGAAGUCUUAACGUUAUGAGCCCAAACGGUAUUAAUUUUGCAGGUCCUACAAAAGCUAAAGCUAACCAGUUCCAUGAUGCAGUCAGACGGGGACAGUGGAUUGGUGGGCUUGACGGCCCACUUGGGCAGUAAGGAGAAGGAAUGGAAGGAGCUCCUGGCUGCUAGGGAUCAUCAGUUAGAGAGUAUCCUCCAAAAGACUCAGGAGGAGUGCUUCUCCCUCAGAGUCCGCUACCAGGAUCUGAAGGCAGAUUUCCAGUUCAACCUGGCUAUCUUGGAUGAACGAGACCGAGAGCUGGAGAAAUAUGAGGUCCUAACUGCCAGAGUGCUGACUGUAAAACAAAAUAGCUCUGUGGGUGGUGAAACUCAAAAGCUAUCAGAGGAGUAUGAGAAAAUGAAAUCUGAUUUGCAGUGCAGGAUACAAGAGUUGGAAAGAGAGCUGACUCUACAAAGACAGGAGAUGAUAGCUGCUUUUAACAGUGAGCUCAGACAGCAGAAACAUGAGUUCAACUUGAAAAUGGAUGAGAUGUGUGCUGUGGUGCUUUCACAUGAUCUCAAGGUGAAGUUGCUGACUAAAGAGACUGAAAGUCACUGUCAGUCUUAUCUCCAGACCACUGAGGCACUCAAAGCAUCAAAGGGGUUCUGUCAGCAGUUACAAUCCCAACUGCAACACAAAGAGCAGGAGACCAAAGAGCUCACUGCUGCCAAGGACUACAGGAUAAAGGAGCUUGAGGAUGAGUUAAAAUGCAUGGAGACCAAACGGAGGAAGGAGGAAGAUAACUACAUUAAGAAAUUCGAGGAUGUGAUCCAGGCUCUGAAGGAGUGUGAUGCACUGCUAGAGGCUCAGUAUCAGGCCCACACAGAUCAGCUUCAGACUGCUGAGAAACACGUUGUCAAACUACAGGAGAAUAUGGAUGUUCUGGCUACACAGGUAUAUUGCAUACGGGAAGAUCAGCAGAAGGCCAUCAAACAGAAAGAUGAGACAAUCCAGAGGCUUUGCACAGAGUUAGAAACAACCAGGACCGAAUGGAGCAAGUACAUCACUCAGGUGACCAGUGAGAUGGUUGUCAAGGAUAAAGAGAUUAUCAUGUUUCGUGAGACAGAGGGCAAACUCAAGGCUGAGCUGGAGAGGAGCAAAGAGAAGAUUGAGCGGUACAAGCAGCAGUUGAGUGCUGGGUUGAAAAGAGAGAAGGCCUCAGAUCAGAUGCGAGUCCAGUUGGAGUCAGAGUGGCAGAGACGCUGUGAAGAUAUGAAGGCUGAACAUUAUCUUAAUAAUGAACAGCUGAUACAAGACCUGACCCUGGCUAGAGACCAGGCUAAAGCAGAGCUGAAGGAGAAAGAACAAGAGCUUCAAGACAUGACUGUCUUUCUACAUUUUGUUAAGACGGAGAGAGACCAGGCAAUACAGGUUCUCACACCAAAUGUAGAACAUAUGCCAUCAGAAAAGAUCCAUCAUCUGCAGGAGCAGAACAGCACCCUCCGGACUGUAAUUACUCAGAUGAGGAAGGAUAUGGAGGCUCUUAGCCAUUUCCUACCCCAUCCACAGUCCUCCUCUCCUCAGCCAGUUCAUCAAGGAGCCUCUGCUCAGAUGGCCACUAGACUACAGUUACAGUGCACUGACAUGACCUCUAAACUCAGCCCAGAAGAUAGGCUGUCCCUGGAGAAACAUGCCAACACAAAGCAAGAGGUCACAGUGGCACAUAUCAUGGAACAGAGUGCACGACACCAGGAGAAGAAGCCGUCUUUACUGCAGCGGCAGGUCCCAGAUCUGAUGUCAGGUGGUUUGUUUGAAACUUUGCAAGGUGCUAAAAGCAGCCAUCUUCUCCUGCGUACCAGGCUAAAGCAAGCAGCAUUCUGUAUCGCCCGUCUGAGCAAAGAAAAACAGCAGUUAAUAGAGAUGAACAACCGCCUCAAUGGACAGAUCGCAACUGCUGGACUUCAGGGGGGUUUUCCAGAGAAAGACUCAUCCACAGAAAUAGGAAAGCAACAUGACCGUCUGACUGCUCUGGAACAGCUGCAUUACCAGCUCACCACACAGGAGCUGCGGUACAUUCUGAGGCUGAGGGCUGCCACUGUAGCUGAUGAAAUCCACCCUGGAAUCAACAACCAAGGUCCUGUUGACCCCUGGUCCUCAGGGAUAGACAGGCCUGAGGGCUCCAAACUCAGCCAGUCACAGAGCUCCUUGGAUAUGGGUCCACAGCCUCUCUCAGGUCUGUCCAGAUCACCAAUGUCAUCAGAGGAAUCACUGCGUUCAUUAAAUCAUCUAUGGCAGAUAAUGGACAAUUGUCUCAGUUCAUCUGUUUUCUCAGAAGGUGAAGGUGAUCUGAGCAAGGGUGGUGCUGGAGUCCAGGUAACAGCCCAUGGUAUCAAUGCUCCCAUCCAUAGCCAGCCCCCAGCUGAGGUGCAGAGGAGAAACUCCUGUACAACAGUAUCAAACACUACCAUGACCAGCAGACCUGGAGUCCUUGACAAGAUCAGCAAGAUCAGAAAUUACUGUGUUAAAGACUAAACACACAUAUAUACAAUAAGGCAGUGUGUCAAUGUGACAACAGUUCUGUGAAAUCUCUGGACGAGCUUUGUCAAGUCUGAAGAAAAUAACCCUGAUUAUAUCAAGGGAUGUUAUCAGGGUUAUUUAUAACAGAAAGCCUGCUUUAAAACCUAGGGGUAUGGACUAAAGGAAAAGAGAAUGUUGCAUCAUGGGAAGAGAGGGAUCACAUUUUGUAUUAAAGCUUAGCUCAUAUUGGAAGUUAAGGUUCAGAUUCCUGAGCCUCUUCUGCUUUCUUUUGUACUACUCUUUCAUUAAUUCAUCCGCUAAUCUGUCUCUAAUGAGUUCCUAACUUCAUCGAAGUGGGGUGCUUUUUUGAAAUAUGUGUAAAAUUGUUUGUUUAAUUCUAGCCUCUUCCAAAUGAUUCUGAAGGCAUGAGUACAAACAAGAGAAAUGUUGUCCAAAUCAAGAAAUGCUUCAAAUACAAAAGCACAAAAUUACCUAUUUACAUUUUAAUGUUGAGUAAAAUAUAAUAUUUUACUAUGUUUGAGUAGUUAAGGGACCACAAUAAAAAUAGCCCUAUAAGUUUUAUAAUGCUCAGCAUUUUAAAAUGUAUGGUUUUUUUAAGGCUGUUCUGUAUGUUUUAUUGUAUUAUGUAGUUUUUUUUUCCAAAGGGAAAAAAAGAAACACUUCCAACAUUUGUUAGUCAAAUUGUCUAAUUUCAGCAAUCACAUGCUACACAUUAAAAUCUGACAAAACUCAUUGGGGAAAAUAAGGGGGCAGAGGGUCUCAAUUGUAAUAACCAACUGAGAUCCCUGAUCCUCUUCAUCAUAACUCUCUUCGUGCUAAAAUAAUGCUACCCAGCACAUCCAAGGUGCUGUCAUUUUGUACUACAAAAUUAUUUAACAAUGAGGAAUUUCUAUGGAACUUCAUAUAUAUCUAUCUAUCUAUCUAUCUCUCUCUCUAUCUCUCUCUCUCUCUCUCUCUCUCUCUCUCUCUCUCU